GUUUCAUUCAUCAUGGCCGAGAGCAUAACAAACAGACUGUCAAAUUACCUCCAAUCUUGACAUCGAAAGGCGCGUUGUUAAUAGAUACAAACUAGAAUGGCUUCCGAAUUUUCGCCAGAGAUGGUGAAGUCUCUGAAACAAAAGGUGUUUACAUCUGCAAGAGAUGGGAUGGCUAUCAGCAUUUUCGCAAUGCUGUGGAAUCUAGACGCCAAAAUCGUUGACGCAGUCCUCAACCAUUACACAGAAGAGGACGGACAGAAAACAACGCCCCUUAUCAUAGCAGCCAGGAACGGGGAGGACAAAGUUGUACAAGUUCUCCUCAGCAACUUCCGUGUAGAUCACGAGCAGACGGGGACAGUCAAGUUCGAAGGCUACGUGAUCGAAGGUGCGACGGCUUUGUGGUGUGCGGCUGGAGCUGGGCAUUUCGGCGUGGUGAAGUUUCUGGUUGAACAUGAUGCCGACGUGAAUCACCCAACGCUUACAAAUUCAACGCCACUGCGUGCAGCAUGUUUUGAUGGUCGCCUCGACAUAGUACGGUACUUGGUUGAACAUGGUGCAGAUUUGACCAUAGCCAACAAAUACAAUAACACUUGCUUGAUGAUCAGCUGCUACAAGGACCACCGAGAUGUGGUGACGUUCCUGUUGGAGAAAGGGGCAAACCCUGACUGCAAGGCUCAUUGUGGAGCAACUGCUCUACAUUUCUCUGCAGAGUGUGGCCACUUGGAAAUUGUUAAAGAGCUCAUCAAGUUUGGAGCAUCCAUAACUGAAAAUGACCAUAAAAUGACUCCCCUGAUUGUUGCUGCAGAAUGUGGAAAGAGUCAAGUUGUAAACUAUCUCAUUUCUUUACCUGAGUGCUCAAAGAAAGAUAAGAUAGAUGCUUUAGAGGUUUCAGGGGCAUCUUUUGCUAAUGACAAAGAAAAUUAUGAUAUUUCAAAAGCAUAUCAAUAUCUCAAGUUAGCCAUGGAAGAACGGUAUAGAGAUCCGCACAAUAUUGUUCAUAAGCCACACUAUCCUCCUGUCCCUGCAUACGACAACUGGGUGGAGUGUAAAACAAUGAAUGCGCUUGAAGCGAUAGAAAAGAAUUAUGGCGCCCUUCACAUGGAAUCAUUAGCCAUCCGUGAAAGAAUUCUUGGUGCGGAUAACCCAGAGGUCCCACAUCCAGUGAUAUUUCGGGGAGCUGUAUUUGCUGAUAGUGCCAGAUUUGACAGGUGUAUUGCAUUGUGGAUGCAUGCCAUGAAACUGAGGCAGAGAAAUAACAGAGCCAUUCCUAAAGAUCUACUUCGUUUUUCCCAAGUCUUUUCACAGAUGGUCCAUAUAGGAGUACGACUUGAGUUCUCCCCAAUCCUGGAAGUACUGGAUCAUGCAGGAAAGGAGAUAGAGAGAGACAUGGAGAGAAUGGGAAAAGAGGAUGAAGAUUAUCUGGCCCUGGUUGAAAUUUAUCAAACCAACAUCCAUACUUGCCUCUAUUUGCUUGUGAUAGCUCUGAAAGUUACCAAGAGCAAAGAAGAACUGCAUCAGCUCCACCAACUUGUGUACAGGUUUUUAAGACUGAAACCUGCUCUCAAGAAUGGAUAUUCUGCACUUCAUAUGGCUGUGGAUAGUGCAAGCAUUGUUGAUGAUUUCCAUGUCAACGAUGUUGUGUCCUUUCCAAAUUCACCACUAGCAGCUUUGUUGGUACGCUGUGGAGCAGACAUCAAUGCACAGGACCAUGUAGGAAACACGCCUCUCCAUGUUAUAGUACGCUACAAUGACCCAAUAGAUGACUUUGACACGCUUCACCAGAUAAUACUGUCUCUGAUACGUGGAGGAUCUCAUCUAGAUAUGCGUAAUUCAGAAAGGAAAACACCAAUGCAGUGUUCAACAACUGGAGUGGCAGAGGUGAUUCUCCGGCAACACAAUCAAAUAUAUCUGAAAUGUUUAGCCGCCACUGCUGUAAGGGUUCACAACAUCAGUUACAAGGGACUGAUUCCUCAGUUUCUGGAAGAAUUUAUUGAACUGCAUUGAAACAUGCUGAAACAUCUGAAUGACUGUCUUCAUGUUGUGAUACAUAUGUUGUAGCUGAAAGUGACUGCUUAAGUUUGAAUGUUCGUUAAAGUAUCCAUGCGUUACAAGAUAACAGUGUUGUUCAGGCACAAGUGCUGUUAUUCCCACUUUACACCCAUGUGUAUUGCCAGUUAACACCCAUGAUGUGUAUACCACUAGUCAUUAGCGUUACUAAGUGCUCCUAAUGUCAUGAAAAGUUUGUUGAACUUGUUGACAUUUAGUUUAUAUGGGUUUUGAAAUCAGUUCAGAUCUGAUGACUUUUUCUGAUCCAUACUGAAUUUUGAUUUUAAUCUGAAUGUGAAGCUCCAUUAUAAAUGUUAAAACAGAAUGUGGAUAGUGUACAUUUCCAAAGUAUAAUAGAUUUAAUGUCAUUGUGUCAUUGUUGGUUUUUGGAUGGUGCUAGUUGUAUCAUGUGUAUGUAUGCAAAUAUGAGAGGAACCAGAGGACAUAAUUGUACAACUAAAAGGAGAGAAAUACAUUAUUGGCAUGUCCAAAAGGAAAAAUUUAUACUUGUUGUUGCCACAUUUAUGGUUGCAAAGCCCUCAUUCUCUCAAGCCCUCUUUUUUCAGGUUGCCAACAUGACAAUCUUUGCAAAAACGCUCUUAGAAUACAAGUAGUUUGUUAGAAUACAAAAAUCAUGCCAAGUUUUCACGCCUUGGUCACAUAUUUUUCUGCCAAUUGUUUACUAAGUGUCAUCAACAAUAAACCUGUAAAGGAGAUAUAUUGUCCAUCUACUAGCCCAUAAUGUCACCAAAAGUGUGGGUUUAUGAUUCAGUUAUGUUCACUUCAUUAAGUACUUGUUAAACACUGUACUUCACUAUCAUAUUGAUACAAACAGAAUAUAUUUUACUUAUUUCUCACAUGAUGCAUAAUUUGAAAUGUAGAUAUCCAUGCAUUCAUUUAGAUUAUAUUUGUAUUAAGAAAUCAGAAAUGGGAAGUUACUCUGUAAACUUGUCAGUGUCUGUAUAAGAAUAGAGGUUUUCUGUAUUUGAUACUAUGCCGUAAUUGAUAUCAUUGAAAAUCAUCACAAUACACUUGUAUAGAUACAGUGUGCAUGACAUGUUAGGUUUGAUGUUUGUACUAUGCACAAAUCAUUAGCGUUAGAUGUGUUAGGGUUAAGUUAACCCUUUGCCAUUUAACCCGUUCCUCAUCAAACACAAACUUUGCAGUCUGUAGGAAUAGGCACCCAUUGCCAAUCAAAUACCCCUUUAGAAUUGGGUUCUAGUAGUCACUAGAGGACCCCAUUUUGAUAAUUUGAACUUGAGGUAGUGUUGGGAAUUGGUUAAAAUCCCAUAAUUAAUGAUUGGUUCAUUACAACCGAUCA